AGGGAAUCAGCAAUCAUGCUCAAAAAAAUCAUUGUCAUUGCUCUGCUCGCCUCGGCUGAGGCCCGCGACUCGGAUGCCGACGCCGCCGCACUCUCGAAGGACCGCCAGGACUUCAAGCGCGCCCUCGAGUCGUUAGACGCGCUCGCGACCGCGUCGAACGCGGUCGCGACCAGCGACGACAAGGCCGCGCACGCCGAAGCGCUCAUCGCGGCGUCCAGAGCGGCGCGCCAAGCCCUAUCCGCGCCGCUCGCGCGCCGCCGCGAGGACUUCGCCGGCCGCCGCGACGAGUCCGCCGGCCGCCGCCUCAAGUCGGACCACGAGAAGUUCCAGGACGCGCACGAGAAGUGCAUGCGCGAGUUCCUCGCGUGGGACGCCUGCACGCCCGACGCCGAUGCCGAUGAUGACGCCAUGAUGCCCCCGAUGGACGACUUCACGCCGCCGCCGACGUCCGCGUUAUGGCUCAAGGAUAUAUGCGAUAACACGGCAAAUUUCAUCGACACCCUCUGCUCGAUCCGCUGCGAGUGCUCCGAAAAAGAGGACGCCUUCUACACGUGCUUCUAUGGUGAGGCGUGCAAAGAGUGGUACUCGUCGCCGGACGACUUCUCGUGCGAGGGCUACAAACUGUGUGGAAAUCAACCAGUGUGUCGCGUCGAUGGCGUGGAGGUCGACGCUGCGAUUCAGGACGAACGCGCCGUAAAUUUGAUUUCCACACAGGCUACGACGGCGAUCUGAUGUACGACCAGGAGACAUGUUGCCUCAAAGACCACGAGAUCUAUUGUGAGGAGUCCAAAACCUGCGAGUUUAAGGUCUUCGGCUGCCCGGAAGGCGGCGACAGCGAGUGCCAGAUGUUCCAGACCUGGUGCGAGGAGACAGAGACGUGCAUUUGGUCGUGGGAGGAGUGCGGCGACCCCGUGCUCGACCCCAAGCCCGUGCCCGUGCCCCUGUCGCCGACGGCCAAGCCGACCCUGGCGCCGGUCGAGGCCACGCCCAUGCCGACGACGAAGAAGCCCACGGUAGCCCCAGUACCCGCGCCCUCGGCCAAGCCGUCGCUCACGGCCGCGCCCACAAGCCUGCCGACGACCGCCGCCCCGUCGACCACGGCGGCUCCGACGGCCACGCCGGCGACCGGUGCGCCGGUGGCCUCGAGUCCCUUGGGCGGUGAAGUUGGCGACCGCGACCCCAACGACGAUCCGUCCACGGACGCCGCGGCGGCGCGGGGCGUGACUGUUGUGGCCGUCGCUCUGUUCUUCUACGCGUUGUGA